AUGUCUUUAAAAGGAAAAGUAGUCUCCGUUACGGGUGCCGCCUCUGGCAUUGCAUUAGCCCUCACAAAACUGCUCGCCGAGAGAGGAGCCAAACUCGCAUUGGCUGAUAUCCAGAAGGAUGCCUUGAACAAGGUGGUCAGUGAGCUGCAAAGUCAGGGGGUUGAGGUUGUCGGCACCGUGCUCGAUGUAUCAUCUAGCGACGCGGUGGACAAAUGGAUCGCCUCGACCGUGGAGCAUUUUGGCGGUCUCGACGCCUCUGCAAACAUCGCCGGCAUCGAACUGGGAUUCACCAACAUUGCCGACCUGAAGAAUGAGACCUGGGACAAGAUGAUCGCCAUCAAUCUAAGUGGCUUGAUGUAUUGCGUGCGAGCGCAAAUUCGGGUCAUGAAGCCGGGAGCGAGCAUCGUCAACGCAUCCUCCCUGUCAGGGAUCUCGGGGAGACCAGGCUUGGGGGCGUAUGUUUGCUCCAAGCAUGGAGUGGUGGGACUGACGAAGACGGUUGCCAAAGAAAUGGGCCCCCAGGGAAUCAGGGUCAACGCCAUUGCUCCUGGUCCCAUUGAAACGCCGAUGCUUGACAGCUUGCUCGCGGGAGCACCUUCUUCAACAUCAAAUCAGACGACAAACACAUACUCCAGCCUACCGCUGCAGAGGAAAGGGCAGGCCCAGGAAGUCGCCAACCUGAUCGCCUUCCUGCUGAGCGAUGAAGCGUCAUUUAUCACGGGAGCAAUCGUGCCGGUAGACGGGGGUGCUGCAGCUUGA